AUGGCUCCACAUAUCUCUGCAGCCUCCAUGAUUCUUUUGGCCAUUGCAGCAUCAGCAUCCUCUGCGUCUAUCAACCAGGAAGACUACCCAGCAGAUGAAGGCGAGCAGGCCUCUAGCAAUGAUAGCCUGAUCUUUGAUGACUAUCGGGGAAAGGGCUGUGUGGAUGACAGUGGUUUUGUAUACAAGCUUGGGGAGAGAUUUUUCCCUGGACACUCUAACUGUCCAUGCGUAUGUACUGAGGAUGGACCUGUGUGUAACCAACCUGAGUGCCCUAAAAUUCACCCAAAAUGCACUAAAGUGGAACAUAAUGGAUGCUGUCCGGAAUGCAAAGAGGUGAAAAACUUUUGUGAAUAUCAUGGAAAGAACUACAAAAUCUUGGAAGAGUUUAAGCCCUCUCCGUGUGAAUGGUGCCGAUGUGAACCCAGCAAUGAAGUGCAUUGCAUAGUAGCAGACUGUGCCGUACCUGAGUGUGUGAAUCCAGUCUAUGAGCCGGAGCAAUGCUGUCCAGUCUGCAAGAAUGGUCCUAAUUGCUUUGCGGGAACCACCAUCAUCCCAGCAGGCAUCGAGGUCAAAGUGGAUGACUGUAACAUCUGCCACUGCCACAAUGGGGACUGGUGGAAACCAGCACAAUGCUCCAAAAGGGAGUGCCACGGAAAACAGAACUUAUAGACUUACCGUGCCGCUGGAUUGGAGAUCGACCU